AUGCCUGUGGAGGCUCAGUUAUUUACAGUCCACAAAUCGCAAGACGAAAAAGAACUAAUUGGAGGUGGCCUUCUACGUUCUGAGAGCCUAAAAUCCAUCGUGGAUACCCUAAAUGAAUCCCUCAAAGAACUUUCCGAUGUUGUUGGCAUAUCAAAAGAUGGAGGUCCGGAGGUUACGUUUCUUCGAAGCAAACAUCUUAAAACGGAUGACUCGAUUGAAAAUGUGACCCAGUUAAGUUUAAACGAUGCCAGUCGCUCCUUCGUAGACACAAAUAGCUGUCACGGAUUUGAAAAUGAAGAAGACCAGGAAGAAAAAUGUUUGGAAAAAUCAUCUGAUGAAAGUGUCAAGUGUUGCUACUUCGAGGGGGGUGAUGCCCCUUCUACGUACCCCGAGUAUUUCUCAAGCGCCGAAAUUUCUGAUCACGUGACCACGAUAGUUCAACUUGAGCGUCAGGUCAUGGAGCAGAGUCGCUGUUUUCAACAACAGAAAGUGGCUUUAAUGAGUAACGUGAAGGGCUCUGAAAGAAAUCUUAUUUGUAAAUAUGAGGCCAAAUUGGAGAAGAAUUACCAGUUAAUUGAUGAGCUCAUUACUGAAAAGAAGGCUCUUACUGAACAAUGUGCUAAGUUGGUCACCGAUAUACGCCUGGUUUCCAAAAGGAUGUUGGCUAAGCAGAAGUUGUUAGAGGAGAAUCAUAAGGUUGAAUUGAGGAAAGUCCAGGCAAAAACUAUCGCAGCGGAAAAGAUUAAGCGCGAACGGUGGGAGGCUGCAAGAACAAAAACAAUCAAGGAGCUAACAAUGAGGGGUGUGGAACGCGAAGUCCAGCGUAUCAUGGCCACCCACAAGGAAGAAAUUCAGGCACUUAAACGACAGCAUAAGGAGGAAUUAGAGAAAGCUGAUGCUCGGGCGUUUGAUAGCUACACAAAAAAACUGGAGGAAGCGUGCUCGAAUCUAAGCAAAGAGAGUGAAGAGGCCUGUGUUCGAGAGCGGAAACUGAUAACCGAAAGAUACGAAGCAUUGAUGGCUGAAGAGCGCUUAGCAUGGGAGGGCCUCAAAAUGAAACUCACGCGAGAGUCAGCUGACGAAAAAGAUCGCCUUAUGGCUAUAAUUUCCCGAGAACGCAUUGAAUUUGAAAAGGAACUUGGUAAUCUGAACACGGCUCUCGUCAAAGCCAAUGAAGAACACGACAAUGAGAUGACGCGCAUGAAAAGGGAGCUCAUGACUAGGCACACGUCAGAAAUUGAGGCGCUACAAUCUCGAUUGGAAGUGGAGAGGUCUACUAAUGCGGAGUCAAUAUGCGCCCGAGUUGAGUCAGAGCUACUAAAACGAGAAUGCGAAAUUGUCGAAAGACUUCGGAAGGAAAAGGAUCAUCAGCUGGAUGCCGCUAUCAAAGGUCUGGAAGCAAAAUUAAACGAGUCUCGUGAGGAAGCCGAAAGUAGUGCCAAAGAAAAAGUAAGGCAGUUAAAGGAACAGCACCUGAAAGACAUCGGUGAACUUGAGGUUCUAGAGCGUCAAACUAACGAGAGGUAUCUUCAAAUGCGUGCAAGAUGCGUAGAACUCGAAAGAGAUUGUAUCGGCUUCCAAGAGCGCAUCCGCCAGCUAGAAGGAGAGUUAAAAGAACUGCGGUCAGUAAACGAGAAACUGACAGGAGAGCGAGAAUGUCUGAAGGAGGUAGUUAGACAAGAAUUAAUGGACCAGCUCGUCGAGAGUGAGGCCCAGGUGAGCCAGAUGCAGCGUGAAUUGGCACAGACGAGGGCUCAAGCCAACGCCGAAGUCAGCAAAAUGCAGUCGCAGUUGGGGGCUGUGAAGAGGGCAACGGCAGACGGGCUACAGUCUUUGCAUGAAAGGAUCAAAGAAGCCAUCACAAAGAAGAAUGAGAACAUCAAAGAGAUAAUUAGGCUGCACGAGAAGGAAAUAGAAGACCUGAAGACACAGCUAGCUAUUUGGAAGAAUCGAAGUGCUCAGAACAAAAGUCCUGAAGAGGAGUCCACUAACAGCAAUGCUCACUUUUACCCUUCACCAGAUGUUGAUACCAGUUCUAAGGUAUGCAAGAGGAAUGCAGCUAAGGUUCGGACGGCCAUCGUACGGCGGCGCUGA